AUGUCUCUCCUAGACUCGCUGAACAGUGCCCUGGCCCGGCGAGAGGCCAAAUCUGCGCGCCGCAGACUCACGGUCCUACCGCAGACCGCGGUGGACUUCUCUUCCAAUGACUUCCUUUCUCUCUCCACGUCUCCAGCAUACCGGAAUCGCUUCCUGAGUCAUCUAAAUAAUACACCGGAGUCGUUCCCCUUCGCAAGUGGGGGUUCCCGACUACUGGACGGCAACUCUGCAUAUGCCGAGGAACUCGAACGCUUCGUUGCCGCCUUUCACAAGGCGCCUACGGCCCUUCUGUUCAAUUCCGGCUUCGAUGCCAAUGUAGGCGUCCUCUCCAGCAUCCCUCAGCCGGGUGAUCUCGUCGUGUACGAUGAGCUCAUCCACGCCAGCAUUCACGAGGGCAUGCGGCUGUCUCGGGCCGGGAAAAGGCAGAUGUUUUCUCAUAGCUCGCCCACGGCUCUGAGGGAUGUUCUCAGGGCUGAGGUUGAAGCCGACCGCGAGGUUCAAAGCGGUACACGGAACGUGUUCAUUGUCAUCGAAUCCAUAUACAGUAUGGAUGGUGACAUGGCGCCUAUCAAGGAAUUUAUUCAGGUUGUGGAUGAGCUUCUUCCCCGCGGCAAUGGGUAUUUUAUUGUGGAUGAGGCUCACGCGACGGGAGUCUUUGGUCCUCGGGGAGCCGGAGUGGUGCAGCAACUCGGUGUUCAAGACCGCAUGUUUAUCCGAGUACACACGUUCGGCAAAGCACUGGCGAGUCAUGGAGCCAUGGUGCUCUGCGGAUCCGAGACAAGAGACUACCUCAUCAACUAUGCCAGGAGUGUAAUCUACACCACUGCUCUCGGGUUUCCCUUCCUGGCCUCUAUCCGCACUUCUUAUGAACUUCUAUCAUCAGGACAGACCGAAUCAUUACAACAACGAGUCCAACAAUUAAUUCGCCAUCUCCGAUACCGCCUGGACGGUCUCGUGAUGAACCCAUCAGUCAUGUUCGAGGUUGACCACUACCCAACAUCUCCAAUUGUCUCACUUCGCACGUCACAGCCACGGCUGUUGGCAAGUGCCUGUCAACAGGAUGGAUAUGUCGUCCGUGCCAUCAUGCCGCCAACUAUUCCCGAAGGCAAAGAGCGGGUGCGCGUGUGUCUGCAUGCGGGCAAUACCGAAGAGGAGAUUGAUGGGCUGGUGCGGACGAUUCAGGCGUGGUUAGAUGAGCGUUUGGCGAGAACCGCCCAUUUAUGA